UUCUUUGGUGACAAACAAACAAUGUAUACAAGCAUGAUACUGGUAAUGCAACCUCAAGAAAGAAGGGAACUCGCAGUUGUGUUUAAUCCAUACACUGUUGGAGAGAUGGCUGCAAAAAUUAUUAUUAAGUUAUACAGAAGAGAGAGUAACAUUUCUCAACAAUAUAAACAAGUAAGUGAUUUAUUGCUAAUUUUAAUUGUUUUAAUUUUUUAAUAAAUUUAGGAGGACUAUUUACAAUUUAAAUUGGCAGAUAUUUUUGUAUGGAUACGGUGGCUACAGCAAAGUGGAAAUCUUAGAUGUAGUUGAAAAUGCAAGUGGAAAACUAUCUUUGCUAUUAGGCAAUUUGUAUUAUGGAACUACGACUUUAAAUACAAAUUUUAUAUUAUAUAAUAUAGGCGACUUACCAUCAUUUGCCAAGAUCAUGGUUAUACCAAAAGUUAUUUCUCCAACAAUGGAUUCUAGUUGGCAUGUAAAUCCAAAAGAAGCAAUACUUAAUGUUGAUAAACCCCAAGAAAUAUCAAUACAAUUUCAUCCAAAGAAAGAUUUCGUGUUAUUACAACAGUCAAAAGUGUUGCAUAUUGCAACGAUAAAAAUUAUACAUGCUGAUGAACCAACCUGCCAACGAAUACAAAGAUUAUAUAAUAAAAUAAAAGAGUCGGGAGCAUCAACUGCAGUUACUGAAAGUGAAAUAUUUAAAAAUAGAAUUCUUCCCCUAAUUGGAGCUUUUCCUAAGAAACAAUUAAUUCCUAGUUUAACGUCAAUCCGCGAUCCUACUCAAUACCUAAGUGAUUUGUGCACUGGCGUUCAUCAGGAUGAGAUAAUGCUCACAGUAAAAGUAUGUGCGGACGAUACUUCACUUCUGCAUUGUGAUACUGAUGUCUUAGAGCCAUAUUAUUCUCUAGUAGUAAAUGAUGCUACUCUUGUAGAUGGAACAGGUGGAGGAAGUUCUACGCUUCUCAAACCAUUGUAGAACACUAUGUUGGAUGCUGAAUCGAUCAAUUUAUUGUAACUCUAUCUGCCAUUGUUAAGUGGCUGAGCCAUUCCGGACCAGUCUAACGAAUUGAGACAACUUCAAUGUUGUUCCUGUAGAAGGAAUGUUACCCGGAAAGAGCUUUCGUUUAAAAAUACAAUAAAUGUUACAAUUAUUUGUGUAACUAUUAUUAAAGAAGGAAAACGAUUUUAAUAGACUAAUUUUUAACAAACUA